AUGGCAGCUAUUCGUGCGAACGGCUCCAAUGCGGUGGCCGCAUUGGCCAGCGCAACAUGCAUCUGGGUCCACGGCCCUCGUUUCCAGCCGCACCUGAGGACGAAGAAAAUACACGUAUCGCCCUGUAAUGAUGCGCACGAUGAACUCAGAAACCACGUGAAGUAUGAGACGGAUAAACCUUUACACAGCUCGGCCGAAAGCAGAAACCCGGAGAUGGAAGACAAUGCACUCAAGUUGUCUAUUUCUGUUCUUGGCGGGCUUCCUGCUCGCCGCCGGCUUGUCCUGAAGUCCGCCUCGGUAGCCAAGCCCAGCCGGGCCGAGACGUUCCAGAACCCCGUCCUCUACGAGGACUACCCCGACAACGAUAUCUCCGUGGGCCCGGACGGGGCUUUCAACUUCUCGGCGUCCAACUUCCACUACAGCCCCGGUGCACCGAUCCUGCGGUCACUGGACCUUGUGAACUGGGAGCCGGUCGGCCACUCCAUCCCUCGCCUGACCUUCGGCGAUGGCUACGACCUUCCGCCUGGUGGCCCGAGAGCCUAUCGCGGUGGCACAUGGGCGUCGACUCUGAGUGGACAGGUCAACGUUUCGCAGCUCAAUUCGCUCGAGGGUAACAGGAUGUACAAGAUCAACGGCACGUACUACAUUCUCAACGACCAGCCUGGGUCUACGACCUACAUCUGGAAGUCGAGCAGUCCGUGGGGCCCCUACGAGCCCAAGGUCCUCGUACAGAACAUUGGGCCACCAAUUGAGGGCAGCAACUCUCCGCAUCAAGGUCGCAUGCCAGUGCUGGCCCCUGUGACCUGGGGUGCAGAUGGCUUCCCCGAGUUCGCCAAGGGCUCGAACGGCGGCUGGGGCUCGACUUACCCUCUGCCCCUGCCAUCUCAACCCCCGUACAGCUGGACGCGGACAUACAACUUCGAGAGCGAGCUCGGCCCAACCUGGGAGUGGAACCACAACCCGGACGUCACGAGCUUCGAGGUCAGCAACGGCGUGACGCUCCGCACAGCGAGCGUCACGGACGACAUCUACUCGGCGCGGAACACGCUGACGCACCGCAUCCACGGCGAAUUCCCAAAGGGCACGGUCGAGAUCGACUUCAGCAACGCCGCCGACGGCGACAGAACAUCACCAUCGACGAGUAUUCCGGGAACCCCGGUCGGCCCCGGCCAGGAAGUGGCAUCCGCGCCGGUCCCCAGCGGCGCCGCCAAGUUGUGGUUCCGCGCGGAGCUCGACGCGCGGGCGUCGGGGACGAGGGCCGCCAACUUCUUCUACAGCUUCGACGGCGUCGAGUUCGCGCAGCUCGGGCCGACGCAUGAGCUGUAUACUGGUUGGGCGUUCUUCGUUGCGUAUCGUUUUCGCAUCUUCAACUUUGCCACCAAGGCGUUGGGAGUCAUGCAGGGCGUCUUCACGUUCAAGGCUAUCUCGGGCAUGGUCAUAUCGGUGUCGCAUAAAAUCUUUCAAGAUCGACUGGUGGCCGCCUGGAGGGACGAGUCGGCUUGGGAUAGUUUCAAGGACAAGCAUUCGGUCAUCUCGGACAUCAUCGAGUCAACCGUCAUGGAUGUCUUCGAAGACAUGAACGAGUACGCGAUCAACCCCUGGUAUCACCCCGUGGCCUCAUUCAAGCAGGUGAUGAAGCCGCUCGCCGGGUUCUUCUGGGAGGUCUUCGGAAGGUCUCCUGUCUUCUGGCUCGUCUUCGCGGUCUGGGUGAUCCGCUGGGCCUCUUCUAACUACGACUACUACUACGGGUACCUCGCCGAGGCCGGAAGCACGGCCUCUAGCUGGUGGACACGUGGAUACCGUGUGUCUCUGAAUGGAAAUGCUCCGGAUGAGAACGCUCCCGCUCUGAAUGGAAAGGCUUAA